AUGCAGAUCACUCAAGUCCUCCUCUCCACCCUCGCCGCCGCCUCCGCGGUCAUGGCCGCCCCUGCAGAAACCAGCAAGAACAUGAUGGCCUCCAGCCCCCAGUGGACCAUCCGCAACCUCAAGCGCCAAUGCAACGGCGCCGACACCACCUGCACCUGGAGCUUCGGUGUCCAGGUUGGCGGCGGUGCCACCAAAUGGUGCAAUUACGUCGUUAAUGGCAACGAUGCUUCUGAGGCUAACGGCGGACCCUCUGGCUGCGGUGUCUACACAAUCACCUCCGGCUGGAGCGGCCAGUUUGGCCCGGGCAACGGCUUCACCACUCUCUCCGUUGUCAACAACGACUCUCGCCAAAUUGUCUGGCCCGCUUACACCGACAGCCAGCUGGCUGGUGGCCACGUUGUCAAGCCCGACCAGUCUUAUUCUCCCGCUGCUCUGCCUUAG